UCCAGGGCUCAGUGAUACACUUCCCAAACGCCCGGAAGGCCCCUGUGAAGAAACGGCGCGCAAGGAUCAACAGCCUGCGGGAGUUGGGGCUGUUGCCCGCGGCCGCCGAGAUGCGGCAAGCGACUGGGUGGACGCCACGUGGGGCUACUAGGAGGUGGUUCCGGGAGCGCUCGUCCCGGAUAAUUGCCUUUCUCCAUCUGCACACACGCAGGCCAAGCUGGACCUCCCGGAGGUGCUGGAGCUGAUGGCGUGCGCGAAUUGAGCUCUAGGCCCUAAGCAAGAUCAAAGAGGGAAAGCAGCUAACAGUAUCUUAUAUCAGCUUCUUCAGAGUCGAUAGACUGGAGGAAAAGUGACUGGAAAAACUGUACUCAUGACCACACAUGUGAACUCUCAGGAAAGAUACCAAAGGACAAACUCUUCUUGAGGUAAAAAAGCAACUUAAAGGCGUUUGCCUGCAUGUAAAUGCACCAGGUGCAUGCACUGCCCACAGAGGCCAGAAGAGGGUGUUAUAUCCACCACUACUGGAGUUACAGAUGGUUGUGAGCUGCCAUAUAGGUGCCAGGAACUGAACCUAGGUCCUCUGCAAAAGCAGCAAGUGUUCUUAAACACUGAGCCAUAUCUCCAGCCCCUGGAUUUUUUUAAACUAGGUCUUAAGGAUAAGAGUUUGCCUGAAACUUUGGAUUUUAAAGAUUUGGGUCUCCUUAUACUGGUGUUGAGAAUAUUAAGACUACAGGUAUUUUUGAAGUUGGACUAAAUACAUAUGUCAUUAUGAGAUGGCCAUGAGCCUAUGGAGGCAUACUACAGUUUGAAUAUAAGGCUCCUGUGUUUGAACACUUGGUCCCCAGCUGGUGGUGCUGUUUGGGGAGGUUUCAAAACUCUGAGAAGGUGGAGCUGAGCCGAGGAAGUCCAAGUCCAUCACUGGAGGCAGGUCUUGAGGGUUAUAGCCUGGACCUGCUUCCAGUUCCAUCUCUGCUUCCUGGCCCAAGUUAUGCAUCAUCAAGCUGCAAUGCACACUCGCUGCCAUGGAUGGAGUCCCCGCUGCCAUGGAUGGAACUCCCGCUGCCAUGGAAGGAGACCCCGCUGCCAUGCCUUCCCUCCCAAGAUCAACUGUACCUCCUCAAACUAUGCCACCUGUGAUGGACAAGAAAGACCUGCAUAUUUUACAGAUGAUUUUUGUCAAGCAUGUGGAGUGGUACUGCAGCUUGAAUCAGAAAGGAUUUCACAUUAUGAGAGUGAAAUACAUGCUCAGAAUGUUAAGUUCUAUUUUCAAGUGCAUGGGGAACAAAACAAAGUGCCUGGUAGAAAAAUGAGCAUGCAUGUUGAGAAUUCUCAGGUGUACAGAAUUGGAGAAGUCAACAGAAACGAAUUUAGUGGUUUCUGCAACAUGAGUUUUGACUCCUCAGCUGUUGCUCAAUCUCACUAUGUGGGAAAGAGCCAUCCACAAAAUCAGAAGCAAUUACUGGAAGAACAUGACAGAGUAUCUCCAUCAGGAUGUCGACCAAAGAUGGAUAAACCCAAUACUACUUCAGCAGCACCAACCUUCCUAAAGUCUGUUAUUGUGAAGCCUCCUCCAGCCUAUAGAAUGAGAACCUACGUAUGCCAUAUCUGCAGUAUCACCUUUACAUCUUUACAUAUGUUCCGGUCCCACAUGCAAGGAAGUGAACAUCAAAUUAAAGAAUCUCAUGUUAUCAGUCAAGUGAAGAAUUCAAAGAAGAUGCAAGAGUCUUACCAAGGUGAAUGUGCAGAUUAUAUCAAAGUGAAGAAAUCUAGAGAACUAGAGUCCAAGGCUCAUUUCAGGAAGAUGGAAGAUAAUUACUUGGAAGUCCAUGGGUACAGAGAAAUGGUUGAUUCCAGACCCAGACAUAAAAUGCCUGAACAAACACUUCCACUUGAAAAUUUCUGGGCACACCCAGGACCAUAUAAUAAUUCUCGAGCACUAGAAGACCAGUUACCUCAUUGUUCACCAGCACAGUCAAAAACAUAUGACUCUUUCCAGGAUGAGCUUGAAGAUUACAUCAAAGGGCAGAAGGCCAGAGGACUUGAUCCCAAUAUUAGUUUUAGACGGAUGACAGAAAACGAUAGGUAUAGGGAUCAUAGGUACAGAGAAAGGGUUGAUUCUGAACACAGACAAAGGGUGUGUGAGGAAAGAUUUUCAUUUGAGAGUCCACAUACCUUCCAGCGACAAUACAAUGGUUCACCAGUGGAAGGCCAGUUACCUCACUGGUUGCCACCUCAUUCAAGGAGGAGAAAUGAUGAUUUUCAAAAUGAAUUUGAUGAUUACAACAAGGUGCAGGAAUCUAGAGAACUCAAGCCAAAGACUUCUUUUAGAAGAAUUGAUAGUGCUGUUGAAACUCAUGAUUACAGAGAAAUGGUUGACAGAAGAUCUAAGCAUAGAAUGUUUGAGCAAAGAUUCCCAUGUGAGACUUUCCAGACUUACACAGAUCCAUACAACAAUUCACAAGCUAUAGAAAACAAAUUACCUCAUUAUUUACCAGCUUAUGAGAGCCAACAGAGCUUAGACUCUGAUAGCUACUAUCAUUUCACCAGAGAUUAUUUCUCAGAAAAACCUGUUCCCCUGAGCCUUAGUCAGCAAGAAAAUAACCCUAGCUCCCACAGUGUAGAAUAUGACAUUUACAAGCAGCUGCUGCCCCCAUAUGACAGUGCCAGUGCCCAGGAAACAAGUCAUAAAAGACGACAUCAGAAGAGAAGACGACACCUGGGGGAAGAGAAAGAAAGGCCAGAGAAGGAACAGUCCAAGCAUAAAAGAAAAAGGAGCUAUCAGGAUAAAGAGUUAGACAAAGACAAGAGCAUCGAGCAAACAAAAGAAGAGGAAGAUAAAGCUGGAGUCAGUUCUGAAAAAAUCAAGCACAGAAAAAAGAAAAGAAAACAUGAAGCAUCCUCAGAGAAAGAAGAACGUAAGCACAAGAAAGAGAAAAAGAAAUCUGUUGAAGAGAGAACAGAAGAGGAAAUCCUUUGGGAUGAGUCAAUUCUUGGGUUCUGAACUUAUAGGAUACCCAAGAAUGGCUAAGAGAAAACAAUCCUGACUUAGAUAAAGACAGGACUAACUAGUGAAGUUAAGGAAAGGGAGGUAUAAUAUCAGCUCAAAAACCUUUAGAGCUUUUGUUUGCAAAAAUUGAAAUUGAACGUGAGAAACACAAGACAUCUAAAUCCAGCCUUUAGGGAAGUGUUUUGAGGUAAACCUACUCAAGAAUUUUGAACUUUUAGUUUUACUUACAGAAGAGUGAAUCAAGAAAAUCUGUUGGAAAUUUUCCAAGUAAAUUUAGAUAAAAUCAAACACUUCAACUAAAGAGAAGAGUUCACAAAAGUCUCUCUCUCUCUCCCUCUCCCUCUCUCUGUCUCUGUGUAUGUAUGUAUAUGUGUGUGCCCUCUGCUCUGCUUUCCUCUCUUACCUACUCCCCCCUCAUCAUUCCCUCCUUUCAAAAUGUAAUUGAAAGAAGGACCACAAAGCCUAAACCUAGCCUUCAAGAAGCAAGAACAUAAUACUAAGAAGAAUGGGAGAGGAAGAAACCUACUGAAGAAAAUCCAGAAGAUGCAGUGCUUUCUACUUUGCCGUUUUGUUCCUUUAAGGUUGAAGAAAGGUUGAACACGUUUGGUUUAAUGAAAUUUGUGUUAUUUGUGUAUUUGUACAUGUGUACAGCAAAUCGCUAACAAAAGCCAGAUGGAGUAAAAAUAUUCAAUAUGCUUUUUAAACUUACUUUCUCUGAUUUUUCUAAGAAAGAAAACUUAUUCUAUUGCUUAUAUAUAUAAUAUGGUUUUCUUAAGUAGAGGUGUUUCUACUUGGUCCAUCAAGUUGCAAUGAAAAUGAGUUGUUUGCUCAUGGAAAUAAUAUCCUUAAAAUGGUGAAUUACAAAGCAGUCUAUAGCCAUACCACCCUGAAUUUUUCCCAGUCUUGUUUGAUUUUGGAAGAAUGGUCAGGCCUGUGGGAGACCAGACUUCACAGAACCCAUUCCUUUUAGAAUUUGUUUGUAUUGGUGGUAUUUUACUACUAUUGUGUGUUAAUGUUUCUGUUUUCUCCAAUGAAAAUGUAUGAAGCAACUUAGACCUUUUUUGUUAAAUCUAAUUUGCAGUGUAUUUUUGUAUUUUCUAGUUCUGAAAGUGGAAAAUUCAUGUAUAAUAAAUUAGAUGAUAUAUACUUUUAAAAUGUUCUCCAAAGGGCUGAUAGAAAUCAGUCUAUAUUCUGAAAAAUGUUUAUAUUAAAGUAUUUUAAUU